AUGGCAACAAAGAAGAAGAAAAAGAGCAAUAAGAAGAAUGAAUGGUCAGAAGAUCUGGAUGCCAAAGCAGAAUUGAAACUAUCGUCCGAUUCUGAGACCGAUGACGACAGUGGGAGUGAAGAAGAAACAAUGAUACCCGCUUAUGGGAGAGGGAAAAGCGGAGCAUUCAAUAUGCUUGCUGAACGUAGCGAUAAUACCGAGAAGGAGGGAAGUACUAGUGAAGAUUCUUACAAGGCGGACGAGGUUGAAGAAAGCAAGCAGGAAAAGAGGAAUAUGAAUGAAAAGAAUAAACCUAAUGAGACAAAAGGGUUCUCUAAGCAACAAACAACAACUAAGUUAAAGGAAGAGGGAAAAGGAAAAAGAAAAAAGGGCAAAAAGGGUUUAAAAGAAGAUGAGGAUUUGGAGGCUUUGCUUGCGGAUCUCGAGAAACCAAGAGAAAAAGUAUCGAAAGAAAAGAAAAAAGGAGCAGCUUCCGGCGUGUCUUGUAUAGCAGAAGUACAAGCCAGUGAAGCUUUGAAAUUAUCUUCAACUAUUGAAAAUGUUACAGUUGAUGCUGACAAGGUUGGAGAAAUAGCUCCUCAGGCAGCUGAUGGCGGAGAUGUUAUGGCUAAAAAAAAAGAUAAAAAGAAAAAGAAAAAAAAUGCAGCAGAAAAAGAAAAACCAUUAGAGCUCGAAUCAGCCGUUGAGGGAGAUGCUAUUUCAGUGGAAAAUCAAAAAGCAAGUGAUGUAACAGAAAAAAAGAAGAAAAAGAAAGGUGAUGCAAAAAAGGAUGGAGACAAGAAGGAAACAAAGAAAAAAAGACACGUCGAUUUUAUCAAAGAAAUAUUACGUAGAAAACAAGAGGAAGAAGAAAGGAUACUGAAGGAGCAAAAGGAAGAGGAGGAGAGGUUGAUUGCACAACAAAAAGCGAAGGAAGAAGAAGAACGACUGGCCAAAGAGAAGAGGGAACGUGAGAAGCAAAAGAAAAAAGAACGUGAUGAAAAGUUGAAAGCGGAAGGGAAGUAUCUGACACCAGCACAGAAGGAAAAGCUGAGAAGGCAGCAAGCAUUAUUAGCUAAUUCAAAUAUCAUACUUCCAAACGUACUGAGGCGAGAAAAUGAAGACGCAUCAGUGAGACGUCCUGUAUAUGGGAAAAAUAAAAAACCGAAAAAAGAAUUGAAACAUGACAACAAAGAAGCCACCCCAGAAAGUGUUCACUCUUUACCAGCUGCAGAAAUAGAAGCUCAAGAAUAUCUUGAGGUAUUGAAGCCACAAGAUGAAGAAAUACUUAGUUUGUGGGAUACAGCGGAUGAAGUUAUUGAUAACUGGGAAAAUAUUCAUGAGGAAGAACAAGAAGAAGUACCAUCGUGUGUUGUAGAACAAGUUGUGCAAGCCGCUACUGCUGCAAAAAAUGAGCUGGUUCCGUUGGAGUUUGAGUCAGGACAGUUCAUUGAAGAAGCAGAGGACUCCGAUUUUUCAGAAGAAUUCGAUGAGGAAUAUGAGGAAGAAACUAGUGAUGAUGAGCACGAGAGUAGGGAAAGCAAAGAACAGUUGAAAGAGAAAGUUCGAGCACGUUUGAAGAAGCGACGUGAACAAGCUGAAGCUAAACGUUCAACGAACAACUUACGAUCACCAGUCAUUUGUGUGCUUGGACAUGUCGAUACAGGAAAAACGAAGAUGUUGGAUACGAUACGGCGCACAAAUGUACAAGAUGGAGAAGCUGGUGGAAUAACGCAGCAAAUCGGUGCUACACAGGUGCCGGCUGCUGCAAUUAUGGAACGUACAAAAAUGGUUCGAGAUUUCAUCGGCAGUGAAGUGAAAAUUCCUGGACUCUUAAUAAUUGAUACUCCGGGUCACGAAAGUUUUUCGAAUUUACGAUCUCGUGGUUCUUCAUUAUGUGAUUAUGCAAUUUUGGUUGUUGAUCUGAUGCAUGGGAUUGAACAGCAGACACUCGAGUCGUUUAAUUUGCUGAGGAAGAGGCAAACUCCAUUUGUGAUAGCAUUGAAUAAGAUCGAUCGUUUAUACGAUUACGAAUCGAACCCAAGAAAGGAUAUCUAUCAGCAUUUGAAAUCACAACCACUCAAUACCCAGCUACAGUUCAAAGAACUUAAAGAUAAAGUCGUGCUACAGUUCGCUGAACAGGGAGUAAACGUUGUUAUGGCAAACGAAAAUCCAGAUUUGAACGAAUAUAUUAGUAUGGUCCCGACUUCUGCAUUUCUUGGCGAUGGUAUUGGUAAUAUUAUGGCACAUAUUGUUAAUGAUUCACAAAAUAGGCUAGCUGAGAAGUUAGCAUACUGCGAAGAGCUUGAGUGUACCGUUAUGGAGGUUAAAUCUCUUCCCGGUUUGGGCACUACAAUAGAUGUCAUACUAGUCAAUGGCUCGUUAAGAAUCGGCGAUAUUAUCGUUCUUACGGGUACUGAUGGGGCCAUUAUUACUCAGAUUCGCGAGCUGUUGAUGCCGCAGCCUUUAAAAGAAUUGAGGGUCAAGAAUGCAUAUGAGCAUUACCAAGUGAUAAAAGGUGCACAGGGAGUUAAAGUACUUGCAAAGAAUUUGGAAAAAGCGCUUGCUGGCUUGCCCAUAUUUGUUGCAAACCGGGAAGACGAACUUCUCGUACUCAAGGAGAACUGCGAAGCGCAGUUAUCUAAAGCUCUUAUGGCUAUCAAGAAGAAACCCGAGGGUGUGUACGUUCAAGCUAGUACACUAGGCUCAUUAGAAGCUUUAUUGGAGUUUCUGAGAACGCAAAAAAUACCGUAUUCAAAUGUGAAUAUCGGGCCAGUGCAUAAAAAAGAUGUGCAGAAAGCAGCAGCAAUGCUGGAGAGGAAAGAAGAGUAUGCUUGCAUACUUGCAUUCGAUGUUCGUGUUGAUCGUGAGGUGGAACAGUUUGCAGCCAGUGAAGGUGUUCGCAUUUUCUCCGCUGACAUUAUUUAUCAUCUGGAGGACAGUUUCUUGAAAUAUAGAGAAGAGUUGAGACUUAAACGUCGACGGCAGAACGAACAUUUAGCAAUUUUUCCAUGCAAAUUGAGGAUUCUUCCGCAACACAUAUUUAAUGCCCGUAAUCCCAUUAUAAUUGGUGUAUCUGUUGAAGCUGGACAACUCAAACGAGGUGUUCCACUGUGCGUUCCCUCUAAAGACUCUAUCUUCAUCGGUACUGUGUCAAGUAUUGAGCGGAAUCAUGAACAAGUGGAAAUAGCUGGUACAGGGGAAGAAGUUUGCAUAAAAAUAGAAAACACAACUGGUGAAGCACCAAAACUUUAUGGGAGACAUUUCACGCAUCAAGAUACAUUGGUCAGUCGAAUAACGCGUGAAACAAUAGACGUUUGCAAAGCACAUUUUCGAAAUGAUUUGUCAAAAGCAGAUUGGCAGUUGGUUGUUCAGCUGAAGAAAGUUCUUGAUAUAAUGUGA